CUUCCGACAGCCGCUUCGAAAACUAAAGUAGCAGUCAAAGAUAUUCAAGAUGGGCAAGAUCUAUGAUGAAAUCCCGGACAACUUGGUCGCAUUUAUACAAAAGUCUAAAAUGUUCUUCGUUGCAACAUCACCCUUAAACGGAGGAAGCGUAAACGUAAGUCCAAAAGCAAACGAAGGUACAUUUGAAUACGUGAACAAAAAUCGAGUACGUUAUAUGGAUUUAACAGGAUCAGGAAAUGAAACAAUAAGUCAUUUGCUCGAGCCUGGAAAUGGAAGAAUAACGAUGUGUUUUAUCAAUAUUGAAGAGGGACUACCCAACAUCGUACGUUUAUACGGAAAAGGAACAGUGUACGAACGUGGAACGGAUGAACAAUUUGAUCAAAAAUGGCAAGAAGUACAUAAUGGUGAAAAAGUACCCGUUGGUGGAAGAGCGAUCAUUGAUAUUGCCGUGCAUACUUGUUCAACUUCAUGUGGUUAUAGUAUGCCAAUUUACGAAUUUAAACGUAAACGAACGGUUUUAGAUGAUGUGAUUUCUAAAUACGAAAAAUUUUCGCCCGAACAAUUAGCCAAGACAAAAGGUGAGAAAGUACCGGAAAAUGCAUAUCUGCUCGUGGGAGGCGAUGGCAAACAAGAAUACAAAAGAGAAUUUCAAUCCGGCCUAGAGACAUAUUGGGCGGUGGUCAAUAAUUUAUCCAUCGAUGGUUUGCCUGGCUUACGUUCUGUACGUGAUUCUUUGAACAAAGAACAACAACAGAAAUUGAUGGAUAAACGUCAGAGGCAUGAUCAAUUACAAGCACCUCAAGAAGACUUAGGGCCCAUCAAGCCCGUUCAGCCGCAAGACCAGACACAGCCGCAAGCAAAAGUUAAAUCUAUAACGUCUAAUCCAACAUCAAACUUUCACCUGUUCAUCGCUUUCACUUUGGGUUGUGCUCUUACAGCAGCUCUUUUUCUGGCUCAGCAGCGCUCUGCAGGCAGUUUUAUGAACAUAUCGCUAUGAGAACGUCGUCAAGACUACACUGGUAUACCUCACACUGUAUCAUAAUAUCACUUCUCCGCUUCAUUAAAUAAUCAUUAUCAUCAUAAUUAUAUGAUCAUAUUAUGGAAGAAAAGGUGGGGGGUCUCAUUGAUAUCCAUAACCUCCGCCAUUGUA